AAGCAACCAACCGAACGAACGAGCCGAGCACAUCCAACAUGGCGGAACUGUUCGCCAAGUACACCUGCACGAAUUGCCAGGAAGACAUUCCGGGAAUCCGGGUCCACUGCGUCGUUUGCACCGACUUUGAGCUGUGUCUGGCGUGCUUCGCGGCCGGAGCUGAGAUUGGACAGCAUCGAAAUGACCACUCGUACCAGUUCAUGGACUCGGGCAUUCUGUCCAUCUACCGCGGCAGGGGAGGAUGGUCUGCUAGGGAAGAGUUGCAUCUGUUGGAUGCCAUCGAGCAGUAUGGUUUCGGCAACUGGGAGGACAUCAGCAAGCACAUAGAAACCCGCACUCCGGAGGAAGCCAAGGAUGAGUACGUGUCCAAGUUCCUCAACGGAACGGUUGGCCGCCACACUUGGUCCACGGCCACUGACCAGCGCCCGCAGCUAACCGAUCAUACGUCGGAUGAUACGGGUCCUCUGGGGCAGCUGCUCGUUCAGAAACUUCCGCCCAUGGAUUGCUCCCAUGAGGAGGCCGCUGCCCUAGGUUACAUGCCCAACCGGGACGAUUUCGAACGUGAAUACGACCCUACGGCAGAGCAGCUGGUGUCCACACUGUCCCUAUCGCCGGAUGACGAAGACGUCGACAUGCUACUCAAGCUGGCCCAGGUGGACAUCUACACCCGCAGACUGCGCGAACGUGCCCGGCGGAAACGGGUCGUACGGGACUAUCAGCUGAUAGCAAACUUCUUCCGGGGUAACGCCAAGAGGGCCCGCAUGAGCCGUGACCAGCGAGAGUUCCGCGAGCGGUUGCGAACCUUCUCGCAGUUUUACACGUCGUUGGAAUUCGAGCGGCUGAUUGGGUCGCUGGAACGGGAACGAUCACUGCGCAUCAGGCUUUCGGAGUUGAAUCGAUACCGCUGGAACGGGCUUCAACGGAUGGACGAGUGCGUUCACUUUGAGCAGCAUGCUGCGGCUGCUCAGCACAGGAAUACGGGUCCGUACGGACAUGGUCGAACGCUUACAUGUAUAAUUGGUCCCAACGGUCAAACUAUCUCCGGCUGUAUAAGACAAAUUUUAACAGGACAACCGAAGCAAAGGCGGCUCAUGCGAGACAAGCAAGGGAUCCUCGGCGUUGUCCAGCAACUCGCAGAUAAGAAGAAGCGAAAGCGACGGCCGAAGCUUAAGUUCCAUCGGCCAAAGGCUCACGCACCACACCGACGACCGGGCCUUCUCCGACGGCUCAUUCAGCAGCAGAAACUUCUCGGAUAGCUCACGGGGAACGGAUCCGUCGCGGCACCAGCCGCUUCAGGAUCCGGCGGCGGCAGCGGCGCAGCAACAGCCCGGCGUACAGCUACUCACGUCAAACGAGCUCCAGCUGUGCAGCUCGCUCAACCUGCCGGUCACCCGGUACCUUAGUCUCAAAACGGUACUGCUGGGGCGACCGUCGCUCGAUCACGGAAUCAGCUCCGUGGCCGAGGGCAUGGUCAAAAAGUAUCUCAUCAAGUCGGGCUGGCUGCAAACGAGUCCUCAGAACUGAGUGUGAGGAUGACACUUUGUUUCCGAGUAAACUAUUGGUAGGCAUUAGGAAACUAACAAUUGGCGUUGAUCUCACGACAUCUGAAAAAAAGGAACAAUGGGUUGGAGGGUGACUUCGAAUCAAACGAUUGAACAUACUCAUACACAACGGAUAGCACACAGAAACAUGUACUACAUUUAGAAGAAACUGACUUAUGUCGAAUGAAACUCUUAGUGGGUAGUUCAUAGAUAGCUUGAUACUGCCUGUUCUAAUUCAAUAUUGAAAUUAAACUAGAUAUAUCAAAUCAUACUUGUUAGAGAGGAAGGCUAAACACAUAGAAACUAUCUAAUAUCAAUUUCAAUUUGAUCAAUGUACUGACGUUCUCCGUCACAAUUCUCAACAGGUUCUCCGUUGCAAGUGGGUCUGCUUGAUUGUGACAAAGUUAAAAGUUAGUGUGUAAAUAGUUCAAUAAAUUAUUAUCAAUAAAUUUUAUUCACCUACAAACCAAAA